ACUCGAGUCUGAUCAAUCGAAUGGAUGAAGAUGCACUUGAACGGCUGGCAGUUGAGGAAUUACUUAAAGAGACAAAGAGAGGAGCUGAAAGAGCCAAAGAAUUUGGUGCAUUGGGGUGGCAGAAGCCAGCUGUUCCCUCAACAAACAAGAGAUUCUUGACCAAUAUGAUUCUGAGUUCUGUGAAUGACUCGAAUAGGAAAAAGAGAAAACAUUCCCAGGAUCUCAAUUUACCCAGGGGGGAUAACUCAGAAAAUAAAUCAACAGGUCACAGUGACAAAGAUUCCAGACAGUAUCAAUCUGAUAAACAUCAACAUAAAAAGAAGAAGAAAAAGCAUGAGCACUCCGAAGAAAAUCCUAAAAAUAAACAUAAACAUUCUUCAAAGAAACAUAAGUCUCGUCAUAAACAUAAGAAACACCACAGACACAAAGACAAGGUGAAGGAUUGAGAAUAAACAGAAGAUGAGAGAGUUUGUGAAAAUAGUUUGUGGGAGUAAGAGAUGAAAACUGGACAAAAAUGAAGGAGUCUGUGCACACGAGUGUUAGAGAGGAAGAUGGGAAAAAAGUGAAGGAGUUUGUUAGAGUUAGAGAGGAAGACAGGACAAAAGUGAAGGAGUUUGUUAGAGUUAGAGAGGAAGACGGGACAAACGUGAAGGAGUUUGUUAGAGUUAGAGAGGAAGACAGGACAAACGUGAAGGAGUUUGUUAGAUUAGAGAGGAAGACAGGACAAAAAUGAAGGAGUUUAUGGGAGUUAGAGAGGAAGACAGGACAAAAGUGAAGGAGUUUGUUAGAGAGGAAGACGGGACAAAAGUGAAGGAGUUUGUUAGAGUUAGAGAGGAAGACGGGACAAAAGUGAAGGAGAUUGUUAGAGAGGAAGACAGGACAAAAAUGAAGGUGUUUGUUAGAGUUAGAGAGGAAGACAGGACAAAAAUGCCGGUGUUUGUUAGAGUUAGAGAGGAAGGCAGGACACAAGUGAAGGAGUUUUUUGGAGUUAAAAGGGGAAGACAGGAAAAGAUGAAGUGUUGUGGUAUUUAGAGAGGAAGACAGGACAAAAAUGAAGGAGUUUAUGGGAGUUAGAAAGGAAAACAGGACAAAGUGAAGGAGUUUUUUGGACGUCAACAAGUAUAUUGACAGAGGCAAUGAGUUAAGGUAGUGUUAAAUUCAUUCAUAAUGAAAACAAAUGGUUAGGUGUUUAAGAGAUGAGAAAUAGACAUAUUAAGGAAAGAACCUUACCAUUAUUAACUAAAAUAAGACAGUAGCUAGUAUUUAGAUUCCAUAGCAAAUGGUAAAUCUGGAUACAGGUAUGAGAUGUGUAAUCAUUGUAUGUUUAGUAUUAGAUGGUGAAUCUGGAUACAGGUAUGAGAUGUGUAAUCAUUGUAUGUUAAUUGUUAGAUGGUAAAUCUGGAUACAGGUAUGAGAUGUGUAAUCGUUGUAUGUUAAUUGUUAGAUGGUAAAUCUGGAUACAGGUAUGAGAUAUGUAAUCAUUGUAUGUUUAGUAUUAGAUGGUAAAUCUGGAUACAGGUAUGAGAUGUGUAAUCGUUGUAUGUUUAGUAUUAGAUGGUAAAUCUGGAUACAGGUAUGAGAUGUGUAAUCAUUGUAUGUUAAUUGUUAUAUGGUAAAUCUGGA